CGAUUUCACAUGCUUCGGCCUAAUUUAUCGCCUCCCUCCCGGAGCUAGCGGAAGUGGUGGCGUGCAAGCGUGGUAUGGGCGAGGAAGGGAGAGAUUAAAGCGAGCAAGGGAAGGGGUGCGAUGGGCAACACGGAUCCUCUCCUUGCCCUGCGUCACCGCCCCUCAGAUCUCAUGGUGGACAUCGUCGACUACCGCGGCCGCCCCGCUAACAGAUCCACCUCCGGCGGCUGGACCUCCGCUCUCUUCAUCAUAGGGGUGGAGAUAGCCGAGAGAUUCGCCUUCUACGGGAUAUCAUCCAACCUGAUAUCCUACCUCACCGGCCCGCUCGGAGAGUCGACGGCGAUGGCGGCGGCGGCGCUCAACGCGUGGAACGGUGUGGCGUCAAUGCUGCCGCUCUUGGGGGCCUUCGUCGCCGAUUCCUACCUGGGGCGCUACAGAACCAUCGUCAUCGCCUCUCUCCUCUAUAUCCUGGGUCUAGGCACGCUGACGCUGUCAUCUAUGCUACGUAUCUUCCAUCCGGCGAAAUGUGGAACGGCUUGCCCACCUCCUCGGCUCCAAGUGGCAAUGUUCUACGUCUCCCUCUACCUGGUGGCAAUCGCCCAAGGAGGCCACAAGCCCUGCGUCCAAGCCUUUGGCGCGGACCAGUUUGAUCAGAACGACCCCCAGGAACGCGUCGCCAGGAGCUCCUUCUUCAACUGGUGGUACUUCGGAAUUUGCUGUGGCGUCGUGGUCACCCUCGUCGUCCUCAGCUACGUCCAGGACAACAUCGGCUGGGGCCUUGGGUUCGGAAUCCCCUGCAUCGUUAUGCUGUGUGCCCUCGUGUUGUUCGUGCUCGGAACCAGGACUUACCGCUUCUGCCUCUUGCAAGAGGAGAGCCCCUUCGCUCGGAUCGGCAGAACGCUCGUCGCAUUGGCAAGAAAGAGGCUGGGAAAACUUCCCAUUACCGAACUGCAAUCCGACAUCGAACGUGUGGAGGAGACGAAGGGGCUGUUUCGACUGUUCCCCAUAUGGACUACGUGUUUGAUCUACGCCGUUGUGUUCGCGCAGUCCUCAACUCUGUUCACCAAGCAAGGCGGUACAUUGGACAGGAGGAUCAGCUCCAAGCUUCAGGUGCCGCCGGCGGCGCUGCAGAGUUUUAUCAGCGUCUCCAUCAUCGUCUCCAUCCCUAUCUACGAUCGCAUCCUCGUCCCCGUGGCUCGGAAGUUCUCCGGGCUUCCUUCCGGCAUCACCAUGCUGCAGAGGAUUGGCACCGGGAUGGCUCUCUCUCUCGUCUCCAUGGUGAUAGCAUCUCUGGUGGAGAUGAAGCGGCUCAAAACUGCUCGAGAGUUCGGUCUGGUGGAUCAUCCCAACGCUAGGAUUCCGAUGAGCUUGUGGUGGCUGGUGCCUCAGUAUGUUCUUUUCGGGGUUGCAGAUGUCUUCACCAUGGUUGGCCUGCAGGAGUUCUUCUACGACCAAGUCCCUGAUGCAUUGAGGAGCCUGGGGCUGGCUCUCUAUAUUAGCAUCUUCGGCAUCGGCAGCUUCAUCAGUGGAUUCCUGAUCUCUGUGAUCAACAAAACGACGAGCAGAGGUGGAGAGAGCUGGUUUUCCAACAAUCUGAACCGUGCUCAUCUCGAUUACUUCUAUUGGCUUCUUGCGGGGCUCAGCAUGAUCGAGCUAGUUCUCUACGUGUACUUUACGCAAGCUUACGUUUUGAGAAUCAACGGGAUCGUCGACUACCGCGGCCGCCUCGCUAACAGAUCCACCUCCGGCGGCUGGACCUCCGCUCUCUUCAUCAUAGUGGUGGAGAUAGCCGAGAGAUUCGCCUUCUACGGGAUAUCAUCUAACCUGAUAUCCUACCUCACCGGCCCGCUCGGAGAGUCGACGGCGAUGGCGGCGGCGGCACUCAACGCGUGGAACGGCGUGGCGUCGAUGCUGCCGCUCUUGGGGGCCUUCGUCGCCGAUUCCUACCUGGGGCGCUACCGAACCAUCGUCAUCGCCACUCUACUCUACAUCCUGGGUCUAGGCACGCUGACGCUGUCAUCUAUGCUACGUAUCUUCCAUCCGGCGAAAUGUGGAACGGCUUGCCCACCUCGUCGGCUCCAAGUGGCCUUGUUCUACGUCUCCCUCUAUCUGGUGGCAAUCGCCCAAGGAGGCCACAAGCCCUGCGUCCAAGCCUUCGGCGCGGACCAGUUCGACCAGAACGACCCCCAGGAACGCGUCGCCAGGAGCUCCUUCUUCAACUGGUGGUACUUCGGAAUUUGCUGCGGCGUCGUGGUCACCCUCGUCAUCCUCAGCUACGUCCAGGACAACAUCGGCUGGGGCCUUGGGUUCGGAAUCCCCUGCAUCGUUAUGCUGUUUGCCCUCGUGUUGUUCGUGCUCGGAACCAGGACUUACCGCUUCUGCCUCUUGCAAGAGGAGAACCCCUUCGCUCGGAUCGGCAAAACGCUCGUCGCAUUGACAAGAAGGAGGCUGGGAAAACUUCCCAUUACCGAACUGCAAUCCGACAUCGAACGUGUGGAGGAGACGAAGGGGCUGGUUCGACUGUUCCCUAUAUGGACGACGUGUUUGAUCUACGCCGUUGUGUUCGCGCAGUCCUCAACUCUGUUCACCAAGCAAGGCGGUACAUUGGACAGGAGGAUCAGCUCCAAGCUUCAGGUGCCGCCGGCGGCGCUGCAGAGUUUCAUCAGCACCUCCAUCAUUGUCUCCAUCCCUAUCUACGAUCGCAUCCUCGUCCCUGUGGCUCGGAAGUUCUCCGGGCUUCCUUCCGGCAUCACCAUGCUGCAGAGGAUUGGCACCGGGAUGGCUCUGUCUCUCAUCUCCAUGGUGACAGCGGCUCUGGUGGAGAUGAAGCGGCUCAAAACUGCUCGAGAGUUCGGUCUGGUGGAUCAGCCCAACGCUAGGAUUCCGAUGAGCUUGUGGUGGCUGGUGCCUCAGUAUGUUCUUUUCGGGGUUGCAGAUGUCUUCACCAUGGUUGGCCUGCAGGAGUUCUUCUACGACCAAGUCCCUGAUGCAUUGAGGAGCCUGGGGCUGGCUCUCUACAUGAGCAUCUUCGGCAUCGGCAGCUUCAUCAGUGGAUUCCUGAUCUCUGUGAUCAACAAAACGACGAGCAGAGGUGGAGAGAGCUGGUUUUCCAACAAUCUGAACCGUGCUCAUCUCGAUUACUUCUAUUGGCUUCUUGCGGGGCUCAGCAUGAUCGAGCUAGUUCUCUACGUUUACUUCACGCAAGCUUAUGUGUAUAAGAAAAAGCCGGAUAUUGCAGUCAUGUAGUUUAUUUUCCAGAACAUGAAUAGGUUAAUUAUAUAAGGUAAGAAUGAUGCUGUCGUCAUGUUAUAUAGUUUCAGCUUCAAAUAAAUUGGAAGUGUUGUUACAAAUUAGACGUAUUGUUUAUUUUAUAAUUAAUUUAAUGAUAUCGAGAACGGAUGAUUUUUUAUCAA